AACAGAGACAGAGAAGGAAAUGGUAGAGAAGAAGCAAAAGCUUUGCGAAGUAAUGGAACUUAGAUUUCAUAAAAAGUGGUGUGUUGUAAUUGUCUCCAUCUUUUUAAUCUUACCAUUAUCUCAAUCCUUGGACUAUGGCGAAGCUCUCAAGAAGAGUCUCCUCUACUUCGAAUCGCAGCGUUCGGGUCGCUUACCGUACAACCAGAGAGCCACUUGGCGACACCAUUCCGGCAUCACCGACGGCUUAGAACAAGGAGUGGACUUGGUGGGAGGGUAUUAUGAUGCUGGUGACAAUGUGAAAUUUGGUCUGCCAAUGGCUUUUACAGUAACAAUGCUGUCGUGGGCCGUCAUCGAAUACGGCGAGCAGAUAUUCGCCGCCGGCGAGUACAGUAACGCUCUUCAGGCCAUCAAGUGGGGGACUGACUAUUUCAUCAAAGCUCAUCCUCACCCAAAUGUUUUAUGGGCUCAGGUGGGCGAGGGGUACACUGAUCACUACUGUUGGCAACGGCCGGAGGACAUGACGACAUCACGGCGAGCUUAUAAAAUAGACGAAAAAAACCCCGGCUCGGAUCUGGCCGGAGAGACGGCUGCGGCAAUGGCGUCGGCAUCAAUUGUGUUUAGGAGAACAAACCCACACUACUCUCACCUUCUUUUGCAACAUGCACAACAGUUGUUUGAGUUUGGUGACAAAUAUAGAGGGAAGUAUGAUGAUAGCAUUGGGGUUGCAAAAGGUUACUAUACGUCGGUGAGUGGGUAUAUGGAUGAGUUGUUGUGGGCAGCUUUGUGGCUAUACAAGGCCACCGACAGAGACCAGUAUCUGAAUUAUGUUAUUGACAAGGCCCAUUCUUUUGGUGGGAUCACUUGGGCCAUCCAAGAGUUCAGCUGGGAUGUUAAGUAUGCUGGUGUUCAAAUUCUCGCCUCUCAAUUGCAUAUGAAAGGGAUGCACAAAGAGUACAAUGACAUUUUAGGACAGUACCGCUCAAAAGCAGAGCACUACGUAUGUGCGUGUCUCAACAAAAACAACUCCACUGAUAAUGUACAACGCACCCCAGGCGGACUCCUGUACAUCCGGGAAUGGAACAACAUGCAAUACGUCUCAACCGCAUCAUUUCUUCUGAUGGUCUACUCUGAUCAUCUUCAAUCCUCCAAUCGGACGCUCAACUGCCACGGAGGAGAAUCGGUGGGCCCACAAGAGAUACUCCAUUUCGUCAAAUCACAGGUCAACUACAUCUUAGGCUCCAAUCCAAUGGGCAUGAGCUACUUAGUGGGCUUUGGCCCAAAAUACCCCCAGAAGGUGCACCACAGAGGAGCAUCUAUUGAAUCAUAUAGGGAGAGCAAAGAUUUUAUUGGGUGCACUCAGGGGUAUGAUAACUGGUAUGGACGGCAAGAUCAGAACCCUAAUAUUCUUGUUGGGGCCCUAGUUGGUGGGCCAGAUGAAGAGGAUCAAUUCAGGGAUGAUAGAGGGAAUUACAGGCAGAGUGAGGCCUGCACUUACAAUACUGCACCUUUGGUUGGGGUUUUUGCUAAAUUGCAUGAAUUAGAAGGUAGUAUGAGACGUGUUGUAGAUCCAUACCAUCUUCUAGCUAGAUAUGUUAAAAAGGAAAAAAUUUGUGGGUUUUACAUGAGAAUCAAUGUGAUGUAAUCCCUUCGUGUAAUAAAUUAUAUACAAAGUGAGAUAUAAAAGAUGGUAUUACCUUUUUAUUUUUUUAAAGUAGAAGAUUGAUGGUUCAAGUUCAUAAGAAAAAAAAAAAAAAAAAUUGAGUUUUUCUUCUUACAGAACAAAAAACAAAAAAGUCAGUUUAUAUAAA